GGACUAUUAAUUUUAAUGAAGUUAGCUUACCAUGUUUACAGUAUGAUAAUUGUGAUAGAAAUGUGAAUUUUAGGCACAGAAUAUUUUUUACAAUUGAACAAGGCAGUAGAUUAUACAAGCUUGGACAGAAAGUUAAUAAUGACACCAAUUUUUUUUUUAAUGGAAUUGUUUAGUACUGUUUUACCAUUUGUUUACUGCAGGGCCGGCCCGUGGCAUAGGCCGUAUAGGCAAAUGCUAAGGGCGCCGUCCAUCAGGGGGCGCCACGCAAGUGCCACAAAUGUUGGAGAGAAAGAAAAAAAAAAGAGAAAAAAAGUUGGUACUAUUAUUUCUAAAUACAAAAAAUAAUCCCACGUUAAUUAAAAUGCAAAGUAAAGCCUAUUUAAUAGAAAUAUUAUUUGUUACAACAUCCCCCCCCCCCCCCACCACAUCAAAAAAUCAACACAAGAUGUCAAAACGGCCAAAACUGUCAGGUGCCCAGGGAAGAAAAAAGAGAAAAGAAGAGGAGGAGAAACGAGAAAAGACAGAGGUAGCAGGUAGGUAACGUUAGCCUACAUGAAAUUAUUUGUCUGUUACAGAAUGUGAUAGUAACCUGGCUUUUUAGCAUUAAGCUAAUGUUACAUGAGUCGGCAAUUGCUAAUCAAUAAAUAGCUAGUUCUGUUUUAACGUCGGGUUAAUAUUGUGGAGGGGGCUAAAUUGUUAUGGAAAAUAAUAAUGUAACGUUAGGUAAUUACAGUACUCCCACCUUACAUUCCUCAGGGACAUUUGUAUUAGAUCUUUUAAGCAGGUGUUUUUUGUUUACAUUGUUAUUGCCUUCUGGUUAGCUAAUGUUUGCCCUGCAGGUAAUAGUCACUUUUCCACCCCUUUAUAUAUUAGGUAUAGUUGUAAGUAAUAAAAAAAGGUCAAAGACAAAGCUAUUCGGUUUCUUGUUAGUAUAUACACUUCACUGCGGAUGUGGGGGGGCGCCACCUAAAAUCUUGCCUAGGGCGCCAGAUUGGUUAGGGCCGGGCCUGGUUUACUGUAAAAAGUGUUUAUACUGUUUAUACUUUCAAUGAACAAAUUGAAGUCUUGUGAAAGGUUGACAGGAUAACUGGCAUUAACUGUCAAAAUAAUUUCAAACUAUUGAAGUUAUCUUACAGAAUAAACAUGUCAAUCAACCCAUAUGAUUUUUGCUGUAAUAUUUUUGUUUUGAAAAGUCACUGUGACUGAUAGAAAAGUGAUGGUUUUAGCAACAUUUUAACCUGUCUGAAUGCAAUCAAUCAUUUUGCGUCAGGGGGCGAAGCCUGAACCCCCCACCAGGACUUUGUCCUGGACCUACCGGGGCCUGCGGCCCCUGGACCCUGGCUACUAGGUUUUUCUGAUUUCAAAAGUUGGCAGGUAUGCCUUAAUCUUGUUUUAUGCAAAUAUAAUGACAAUAAAGUCCAUUCUAUUCUAUUCUAUUGUAAAACAUAGGUGAAGUAAAACAACAAUCCAAUUAAAACAACAGGGGCAGCAUCAUAAAAAGAAUACAAAGUGGAUUAAAACAUUUUGUGAUGGCGUCACACAAAAAAAAGAAUGUAAGAGCGACGGAAUCAAAGUUGCUUUUGUGGACGGUCAUGUGACCCUGCAAGUGAAAUGAUUUAGCAGUUUGCUAUCACGCGGCUCAUCUGUCACCAAUCGCCGCUAAAGUCCAAUGUCAAUCACUCUCCUAACGCCUGCACUUUGCUCCGUCGCCAUGACGAUAAGAACCAGCCAGCCGGACCGUGCUGAUAAAGGCUGACUUGGAGUGUUUACACUGCGGGCGCGGCGGUCCCCAGACCAGCUCCUCAAACCGCGGACCGUGCGAGCGCUAUCAGACCCUAUUAACGCUCCGGGACCACCGCCGUGACCCCCCCGGGGCCUCGGUGCUGAGGAUUAAACAUUAACAGGUGCUAAUCAUCAUUCAAGAUGGCAUGUUGUUGUUGUCAGGGGCCAAAGUCGCCUGAGGAAGUGCAAGUCUGAUGAGUGAGUGAGUGAGCCGGCAGCAGGCCGCCGCCGCCGCCGCUAUGGUGGACAUGGAGAGCCACUACCGCCCCCCCUCACCCCUGGAGGACUCCAUGCUGGGCAGCCCGCUGUGCGCCGCCAACGACGACUUCUUGGAGGAGCUGCACGACAUCUCUCAGUCCAUGGACAGCAGCAUCCUCAGCUCCUACGACGCUCCCGGGUACCAGUCGUCCAGCACCGGCUCCGAGGGUUCCACGGCCUUUGACACUCUGACCCCGGCCUCCAGCCCCUCAUCUGUCAUCUACGGUGUGGUGACGGGCCAGGAUGACAUCUCGUCUUCUUCUUCCUCCUUGCUCAGCCUGGAGUGUCGGGUGUGUGCUGACCGGGCCUCGGGCUACCACUACGGCGUCCACGCCUGCGAGGGCUGCAAGGGUUUUUUCCGGAGGACAAUCCGUCUCAAGCUGGACUACGACAAGUGUGAGCGCCGCUGCAAGAUCCAGAAGAAGAACCGCAACAAGUGCCAAUUCUGCCGUUUCCAGAAGUGCCUGUCAGUGGGCAUGUCCCACAACGCCAUCCGCUUUGGCCGCAUGCCGCAAUCAGAGAAGCUGAAGCUGAAGGCGGAGAUGGUGACGGGGGAGCGGGAGGUGGAGGACCCCCAGCUGGCCGACCAGAAGACGCUCGCUCGGCAGAUUUACGAGGCCUACCUCAAGAACUUCAACAUGAACAAAGCCAAGGCGCGCACCAUCCUCACGGGGAAGACCAACACUCCGCCAUUGGUCAUCCACGACAUGGAGACCUUGCAGCUGGCGGAGAAGACGCUGGUGGCCAAGAUGGUGGGCUCGGCGGGCGCGCUGAAGGACCGGGAGGCGGAGGUGCGCAUCUUCCACUGCUGCCAGUGCACCUCGGUGGAGACGGUCACGGAGCUCACGGAGUUCGCCAAGUCCGUGCCGGGCUUCUCCGGCCUGGACCUCAACGACCAGGUGACUCUCUUGAAAUACGGCGUCUACGAGGCGCUCUUCGCCAUGCUGGCCUCCUGCAUGAACAAGGACGGCCUCCUGGUGGCGUACGGCUCGGGCUUCAUCACGCGGGAGUUCUUCAAGAGCCUGCGCCGGCCCUUCAGCGACAUGAUGGAGCCCAAGUUCCAGUUCGCCACCAAGUUCAACGCGCUGGAGCUGGACGACAGCGACCUGGCGCUGUUUGUGGCCGCCAUCAUCUGCUGCGGAGACCGCCCGGGGCUGGUGAACGUGACGCACAUCGAGCGCAUGCAGGAGAGCAUCGUGCAGGUGCUGCGGCUCCACCUGCUGGCCAACCACCCCGACCACGCCUUCCUCUUCCCCAAGCUGCUGCAGAAGCUGGCGGACCUGCGGCAGCUGGUCACCGAGCACGCUCAGUUGGUGCAGGAGAUGAAGAAGACGGAGGACAUGUCGCUGCACCCGCUGCUGCAGGAGAUCUACAGGGACAUGUACUGAGUCUUCCAUAAGCUAAGGGAUGCACCAUCAAAGCAUCUCAAGUCUGGUUUCCACCAAGCAGCACUUUUCUUUGGGCUUCCAGCAGCAAGUAUGUGCACCUGGAGCACCUCCUCACUUCUCCUCCACAAGUCGUGUUUGGAGCUCAACAGUUCUGUUCUUUUUUUGUGACGCAACUAUUAUUUCAUGUAGUUUUUUAUUUCCAUUUUCUAUACCGCCACUAUAUUACGUCACUAAUUUGCUACGGAGUGUUUGGUGGGCAUCAACAUCUGCAGAAGUUUCAAAAUAACUGUUUUUUUGGGGGGUACCAACUACAGUGGUACAGGUACCAAGGCGGCACUUGAUUGGUUGAUAGAGAACCUCUCUUAAAGUAGCAGUAAAGUGGAAAAACAAGUUGCCUCUAUAUUGGAGCUGUUAUCAUAAACAUCUGUCUAUCUGUGUUGGCCCUGUGAUGAGGUGGUGACUUGUCCAGGGUGUAUGGAUGGAUGGAUGGAUCUGAUAUAUGACACCAAAAUACUUAAAUAGAUAUGAUCAACAUAGUAUCAAUCUCAAAGAGAUUCCUGAGCUCGCCAGUCAUGUGAUCACGUGAUGUUGAGCUAGGAACAACAUUGCCAAUCAUGCAGACUUUGUGGGAGCCAAUAACGAUGACUUUGACGGUCCGGAACAUUACAUUGUUCAUCCUGAAUAGAAGGAGGGCGAGCUACAAGUUUUGGAAGCUCGGCUAAACAGAUCCAGCUUUGGUGAAACACUAAACAUCAUGUAGCAGUAUUGCUCAGUGCUGAAGCAGAAAUACAACAAUAAUAAAACAAUC